AUGGCGCAAAUCACCAAACAGCGAAAACUGAAUCGCGAGCCCGUGAGCAAGAAAGCUCCUUCCACCUCUCCCUCGCCGUCCCCCGAACCCGAAGCAUCGACAGAGCAAGACAUCGCCGAAGAAGAGCCCGCGAAGAGUUUCCAAGAACUCGGCGUCAUCGAGCAGCUAUGUGACGCCUGCACGGAGCUCGGAUACAAGGCGCCCACGAAGAUCCAGGCGCAGGCCAUCCCGACCGCCCUGCAAGGACGCGAUCUGAUCGGAUUAGCAGAAACCGGUAGUGGAAAGACGGCCGCCUUCGUCCUUCCGAUCCUCCAGAAUUUGAUGGAAACGCCGCAGUCCCUACACUCGCUGAUCCUGGCGCCGACGCGUGAACUGGCGCAGCAGAUCUCGCAGGUCGUUGAGGCUCUGGGAUCGUUGAUUUCGGUCCGCUGUACGCUCUUGAUCGGUGGUGUGGAUAUGGUGUCGCAGUCUAUUGCGCUGGGGAAGAAACCGCAUGUUAUUGUCGCGACGCCGGGUCGGUUGCUGGAUCAUAUGGAGAAUACAAAGGGAUUUUCGCUACGUCAGUUGAAGUUUCUGGUGCUGGAUGAGGCGGAUCGGUUGCUUGAUAUGGAUUUCGGGCCUCUGCUCGAUAAGAUCUUGAAGAUUCUCCCGAAGCAGGGCCGCAAGACGUAUCUCUUCUCCGCGACCAUGUCGAGCAAGGUGGAAUCCCUGCAGCGCGCGUCGCUGGUUAACCCCGUACGGUUGUCGAUCUCUUCCAAAUACCAGACCGUGUCUACGUUGAUCCAGCGCUACGUGUUCCUCCCGCACAAGUACAAGGACAUUUACCUGGUGUACCUCCUCAACGAAUGGGCCGGACAAACGGGCGUCAUCUUCACGCGCACCAUCCACGAAACCCAGCGUGUGACCCUCAUGCUGCGGAACCUCGGGUACGGCAGUAUCCCCAUCCACGGACAGCUGUCGCAGAGCGCCCGAAUGGCCUCCAUCACCAAGUUCCGCGCCAAGGCCCGCAACCUGCUCAUCGCCACCGACGUCGCCGCUCGUGGUCUCGAUAUCCCCUCCGUCGAUUUCGUCUUGAACUACGACCUUCCCCAGGACAGCCAGUCGUAUAUCCAUCGUGUCGGGCGAACGGCGCGUGCGGGUCGCAGCGGUAUCGCCAUCUCGUUCGUCACGCAGUAUGAUAUCGAGACGUGGAUGCGGACCGAAAAGGCACUCGGCAAGAAGCUGGACGAGCAUAAGAUCGCCAAGGACGAGGCUAUGGUGUUUGCGGAGCGGGUGGGCGAGGCGCAGCGAUCGGCGGCCAUCGAGAUGCGGGAUAUGGAUGAGAAGGGCCGGGGGUCGAAAUUCCGGCACAAGGGGGGUAAGAGAACUCGUGAUGGUAUGGAUGAAGAUCAGGGUUGA